AUGUCCAGAAACUUGCCCGAUUUCGAUCCUUAUGCCGUGUUGGGGGUUGAUAAAAACGCUUCUCCGUCGGAGAUCAAGACCGCUUACCGCAAACUCAUUCUGAAAUGUCAUCCUGAUAAGAUCCAAGACCCCUCGCUCCGGUCCAAGGCCGUUGACGAUUUCCAGAAAGUACAAGAGUCCUAUGAAAUUCUGGGCGAUGACGCUCGCCGCCAACUUCACGACCAAGAAGUUCGUCUAGCAGACUUGAGAUCUCAGCUCAAGGCACAGAAGGCCUCUGCGGACAGCUACUCGUCUUCCAGAGGUACUUCAAGCAGGGAGUUCCGCGACGGACGCAUGUACGAAGAGCGUGUCCCAGCCGACGCUUUCUUCACCGACAGCGAUGAAGCACGGUACGCCGAAGAACCUUUAACUUAUUCUCACAAAUAUAGCGACAGCGCCAAGCGCCCCCAUACCAAGGCAACCGAGGAGAAGAAGAAGUCCAAAACCACUCCUACUACGACAUCCAGUCCAAGAUUUUCAAAGCAAAGUGACCGUGAAUAUACAAGAGCCACCCACCAUGAUCGUGCUAAAGUUCGGACCAAGGAACGCCGUCGCGACGUCUCCGAUAAAUACGAGCGUAAGAACGCCGCGUACGUUAUCAGUGAUGCGGAGGAUGUCUCCGGCUCCGAUGUGGAGCCGGCACAUUACAGGACCAGAGUUGAGCCAGAGUCACGAUACUCAACGCGUGACUCUCGACGCAGCAAAACAGACUCUGUUCCUUCUUACGCAUCCCGGCGUCGUAGAUAUGAUUCAGAAUCAGAGACGGAUGAUGAAGGUGACUAUGACGCAGCAUCUGAAUUGAAGUUUGAUACUCAAGAGAAUUUCGCCAAAGAGUACAUCAGUCGAAAGAAGGAUCCUGUCAUUCAGGUGGAUAGAAAGCCUCGUUCGUCUCGACAUACGGGCUACGAUGACCGUGAUCGUCACUACUCGGAGCGCUCCGAGCGUGAUAGCACCCGAUACUCUAGUCGUUCUUACAGCAGGACGGACAAUGUCCACGUGACUGAAUCCUCAGCGACUCACGCAUCUCGAAGAUCUCACGAGCGCCUGAGUUCACCAUCUCGAGGAUAUGAGCGUGAGCGACCUGUUCCAACCAUGUCGUCGUCAACGUCCUCAUCUCAAAGAGUCUCGUCAUCUCGCGCUCCUCCUCCUCCAGUUUCUCGGUCUGCUACAGCGCCUUAUCCUCGUACUACUCGUCGCGAGGGCUCAAGUCGUUCCGAGUCCAAUGUGCUACCAACUUUGGUCAACAUGGUCUCUGGGCUGAAGGGAGAUACAAUACUUCACUCGCGGCCUCGUCCCCGUGCCGCCGAGAGGAAUGACUCUGGAUAUUCGAGCGGUCCUGGUACACCGGAGAUGGCUCAAGGCCCCAGUAGCGCUUCGAGGAUAAAUCGAUACAAAGUUGUAGAACCACACGAGGAGAGGGAAACCGUUAUUGUGGAACCUAUAGAACCUCGCUAUCGCGACUCUCCACCUCCCACACCACGAUCUGAACGAGAGCGAGAGCGUUCAUCAAUGUCGAGUAGAACGUCCAAACCCACACGCACGUACACUUACGAACAUGAACCUGAAGUUCGCACAGUGCGGCCUGCCGCAGUGUCGUCAAAGUCUACAUCCUCAACUCGUCCACUCUACCGUGAGAUUCGGCAAUCACCUGAAAUUGUAUUUGAAGGACGGCGUUAUCGACAACCAGCCUAUUGA